AUGAUAAAACGUUUGAAAAAUACAACAUUAUGGUCAAAUUUUAAAUUUUUACAACUGAUUAGAUACUCGUCAUCAUCAACAAAAUCAAAAUCUACAUUCAAUACAAUUAUAAUUGAACAAUCUACUGAAAAACAAACAAAAUUAAGUAAUGAAUCAAUAUUAAAAUUAAUUAAUCGUUUAAAAAAUGAAAAAUAUAUUAUUGAUGAAGGAUUCAAAGCUAUUUUAGUUAGUUAUAAAGGUAAAAUUUUGCAGAUUAAAUCAUUUGGUACUGAAGAUAUAAAAGAGGAGGAAGAUGAAGAAGUAAUGCAAUCAGAGAAAGUGCUAGAAGAGCCACAGCGAGUGAAUGCUACUCUUGAAACAGAACCAGAAACCAAACUGAAAGUGCUAGAAAAGACAAAACCAGAAACAAAACUGAAAGUGCUAGAAAAGACACUGCAAGGGAAUGCUACUCUUGAAACAAAAACAGAGACGGUGCAAGUGGAAACUACUUCAGAAUCAACUUCAAGGACGGUGCAAGUGGAAACAUCAGAAAUUAAAGCAGAACCUGUUGUGGUGGAAGAUAACAAUCUUAAACCAGAUGAAACAAAUACUACAGAGAACCAAGACAUAGAGGUAAAACCACUUACUUCUCGAAAAAGAAAAUUACUUGAAUUGAAAAAUCGAUUAGAAUCCAAAAAACUACUAGCACCUACAUUAAAAUUUCAAAAAAGAGCAUUUGAAUAUGAUAAAGAAGCAUUUUUAAGGAAAAUUGAACUUGAAUCACAAUUUACUGAUCCUCAUCUAAAGGGUUUUAAAUUUUUAAAUUAUGAUAAAUUAAUUCAAACAGGAGUUGGAAGUUAUGAAUUUUUAAAAGAAUCUAAAGAUAUGAAAAUUCUAUUAAGAAAACAAAAUCUUAUAAUAUCUCAUCCAAAAUUAAGAAUACCUGAAUUAAAAUUAACUCAAAAAGAAACUUUAAAUUUUGAAAAUGCAACAAGUAUGGAAACCCUUGAAAUUAUUGGUAAACUGUUAAUUGAUGAAUGGUUUUAUAAAUGGAAUUUUUUUCAACAAUUUAGAUCAAAAAUUAUGAUUUAUAAAUUUGAAAAUUUUGCAAAUAGAGGUUUAAGAUUUAUUAAAAUUGAACCAAAUAAAGAUAUGACACAGAUUAUUUUUUCAUCACCUAUACAAUUAUUUAUUUCAAUGCAUUAUUUAGAAGAUAAAAAUUAUUAUCAAAUUAUUGAAAAUUUUACUUCAAGAUUUAGAGAAAUUAAUAAAAUUAGAAAUCCAAAGUAUGAUUUAAAUUUAUUAAAUGAUAACUACUUAGAAUUAAUUCAAAAAUAUACAAGAGAACAAAAUAUACCACUACAAAAUCAUUUAUUUUCUCAAACUUUUAAACCUCAAUUAUUAACAAAUUUUGAAAUAAAUUUACCUUGUUUACCAAAAUUAAAAAAUCAAUUUUUUUAUAAUUAUUUUCAAAUUGCUUUAAUUGCUCCUUUUUCAAUAACAACAAAUAAUUAUCCUGAAAUUAAUUUUUUAUCACAAAAUUUAGAUGCAAUUGGUGAUUGUAUAUUGAAAAGAUAUACAGGUGAAUUUUUAAUAAACUACUCUAAAUCAAACCCAAAUUUUAAAUGGAAUAUGGAAGAUCAUAAUUUUUUAAAUUCAAAUAUAUUAUUUAGUAGAUUAUCAUUAGCUUAUAAAUUACAUCAAGGAUUAAAUAAUCUUAGACAUCAAAAGGAAAUUAGUGAAAAAAUUUUAAUUUCUGAUUUAAAUAUUUCAAAUGAAUAUUUAGGUGAUAUAUUUGAAAGAAUUGUUGGGAUUUUUUAUCUUGAUGAUUAUGAAAAUUGUAGAAAUUGGAUUUUUAAUAUUUAUUCAAUAAUUUUAAAAAAUAUCACAGCUAAAAAAGAUGGGAUUGAAUUUAUUGAUAAAGAAAAAUAUGUUAAAUUAUAUCAAUAUCAUUUGAAAAAUUUCACAAUGUAUUAG